AUGCCCCAGAACGCAAAAAAUUACACAGACCCUGAGCUCCGCGAACAGGUCAAGAAUGAAGUCCAGCAAGGAGACAAAGGCGGGAAACCAGGUCAAUGGUCUGCGCGAAAGGCCCAAAUGACCGCCUCUGAAUACAAAGCACGCGGCGGGGACUACACGACCUCCAAAGACGAGAAGAAGUCUGAGCAGAAACAUCUCGAUAAAUGGACCAACGAAGAAUGGCAAACGAAAGAGGGCUCUGGCACAGCGAAGCAGGAUGACGGGACGCGGAAGAGGUAUUUGCCGAAGAAGGCGUGGGAAGAGCUAGAUGAAAGGGAGAAAAAGGCGACGGAACAGAAAAAGCUGGAAGGGUCAAAGGCAGGAAAGCAGUUUGUAGCGAAUACUGGAGAGGCGAAGAGGAAGAGGGGAGAGGUAAGCAGGGAAGGAGAGAAGAAAGGGAGCAGGAACGGGGGUAAGGAUAAGAAAGGGGGUCAGGUAGAUAGGAAGAAAGAGAAAGAAGGGAAGAUGAAGCAGGAGCCGGAGGAGAAUGGGGAGAAUGGGGAGAAUGAGGAAGAAGAGGUUGAGAAUACGGAGAACGACGAAGAUUAUGAGAGAGAUGGGGAAGACUUAGAUGGCGAGAAUGAAGAGAGCGGAGACAACAGCGGUAGUGAAGACGAGGACGAGGAACAGAAUCAGCAGGCCGAUGAAAAGGAGACUGAGACGGAUACUCCAGAAGGCGAGCAACCAGAGAAAAAGAGACAGAAGCAGGACUAG